CUCACAAAGCGGACGAGCGAGAGGCGAACGAGUAGAGAAAAAUUAUUGAGCGCAGAAAAGUCCAACAAAUCGAAGAACGUCGCAAGUGAAAAAGGCAUCGGAACCCCCACGGACAGCAAAGAAUUCUCGAUUAUUGUGAAAGUGAUAUAGAGGAGCAAAAAUGAAUGAGGAAUACGAUGCGAUUGUGCUGGGAACGGGCCUGAAGGAGUGCAUCCUCAGCGGAAUGCUUUCGGUGUCCGGCAAGAAGGUUCUGCAUAUUGAUCGGAACAAGUACUAUGGCGGCGAGUCCGCCUCGAUAACGCCGCUGGAGGAGCUCUUCCAGCGCUACGGACUGGAGCCGCCCGGCGAACGUUUUGGGCGUGGCCGCGACUGGAACGUGGACCUGAUCCCCAAAUUCCUGAUGGCCAACGGCCAGCUGGUCAAGCUCCUGAUCCACACGGGCGUCACCCGCUACCUGGAAUUCAAGUCCAUCGAGGGAAGCUACGUGUACAAGGGCGGCAAGAUUGCCAAGGUGCCGGUCGACCAAAAGGAGGCCCUGGCAUCCGAUCUCAUGGGUAUGUUCGAGAAGCGACGCUUCCGCAACUUCCUCAUCUACGUGCAGGACUUCCGGGAGGAUGACCCCAAGACCUGGAAGGACUUUGACCCCACCAAGGCCAACAUGCAGGGCCUGUACGACAAGUUUGGCCUGGACAAGAACACGCAGGACUUCACCGGCCACGCCCUGGCCCUUUUCCGCGACGAUGAGUAUCUGAACGAGCCGGCGGUGAACACCAUCCGGCGCAUCAAGCUCUACUCCGAUUCGCUGGCGCGGUACGGCAAGUCGCCCUACCUCUAUCCAAUGUACGGCCUGGGCGAACUGCCCCAGGGAUUCGCUCGCCUGUCGGCCAUCUACGGCGGCACCUACAUGCUGGACAAGCCCAUUGACGAGAUCGUCCUUGGCGAGGGCGGCAAGGUGGUGGGCGUGCGCUCCGGCGACGAGGUCGCCAAGUGCAAUCAGGUCUACUGCGAUCCCAGCUACGUGCCCGAGAAGGUGCGUAAGCGUGGCAAGGUGAUUCGCUGCAUUUGCAUCCUGGACCAUCCGGUGGCCAGCACCAAGGACGGUCUCUCCACGCAGAUUAUCAUUCCACAGAAGCAGGUGGGCCGCAAGUCGGACAUCUACGUGUCGCUGGUGAGCUCCACUCACCAGGUGGCCGCCAAGGGCUGGUUCGUCGGCAUGGUGUCCACCACUGUGGAGACCGAGAAUCCGGAGGUGGAAAUCAAGCCUGGCUUGGAUCUGCUGGAGCCGAUUGCACAAAAGUUCGUCACCAUUUCGGACUACUUGGAGCCGAUCGACGAUGGCUCCGAGUCGCAGAUCUUCAUUUCGGAGUCGUACGAUGCGACCACGCACUUCGAGACCACUUGCCUGGAUGUGUUGAACAUAUUCAAGCGCGGCACUGGCGAGACGUUCGACUUCUCCAAGAUCAAGCACGAGCUGGGCGACGAGGAGCAGUAAGGAGGAGCGGGAAUCCAAGGAGGCGAGGAGCGAAGGAGCCUCAUCUGGUUAUGGUGCAUUUGGACAGCUCAACAUCAGCCACAAACAUCGUACAUCGUCUCAGCGUCGUGGCCAAACCUUAAAGAAAUACCCAAGAUAAAAACAAAACAGAAAUAAAAGCCCAAAAAAAAAAAAAAAAAACUAAAGAAAAACGAAAA